AUGUCCCUGAAAUACACCAACAAACUUCAAGGCAAGCGGGUUAUUGUUGUCGGCGGCACCAGUGGUAUUGGAUUCGCCACUGCUGAAGCAGCCGUAGAAUAUGGUGCCAUUGUGGUUGUGGCCAGUUCAAAGCAGGAAAAGGUCGACAAGGCUGUUGAGAGAAUCCAGAAAGCAUACCCGGACGCGGGGGAUCGUAUUCGCGGCAAGACCGUUGACUUGAGCUCUGACAACGUGGAAGAGCAGAUUGUGGCUGUUUUCGAUUUUGCAACUGACGGCGGCAAACACAAAAUACACCACGUUGCGGAGACGGCUGGCGGGACUUUCGGGGUGAUGCCUCUUGCCGAAGUCACGCCCGCGGUCACUGCAGAAGUCUACAAGGUCAGAAUCACCGGCUGUACGAUGCUUGCUAAGAUUUCCAUGCGAUAUCUCGACAUCAGCCGCACCUCUUCUUUCACGUUGACCAGUGGAGUGAGCGACGCAAAACCCACUGCCGGAUGGACAGUGAUGGCUCCUAUCGGAGCGGCGAAGAGAGGGUUGACUCAUGCUCUUGCCAACGAUAUGAAACCUAUCCGAGUCAAUUGCAUAUGUCCAGGCGCCGUCAAGACGGAACUGUUUGAUAGCUUUGCGGGAGAUGGACUGCAGAAAAUCUUGGACCACUACACGGCCAAGUCAUUGAUCAACACUAUUGGCGCCCCCGAGGAUCUGGCGGAAUGUUAUAUGUGUGCAAUGAAGAGCGAUUUCAUGACGGGGCAGGAAAUCACUGCGGACGGGGGGUUUCUGCUGUGCUAG